GGGACUGGGGAGAUCCCGGGGGGAUUGGGGAGAAGUGGGGAGCACGGGGGGUCUCGGGGGUGGCAGGGUCCCAUCCUGGAGUGCCCCGCUCCCUCCUUGGGGAAGGGGUGCCCCCCCUUCCCAGCCAGGCCCGGUGCCCUUGGCUGUGUCCCGCUGACUCUUGUCGAUCCCAAAAAUAGCCGGGACACCCGGGCCUGUGCUGGGGGGGGGGCAUGGAACUGGGCUGUGGGGCCUCCAGCCUCCCCUCCUGCUUGGGGGACCCCAAAACCAGCAAGUGAGCCCCAAAAGCAGCAGGGUUUCCCCCUCCCAGCACCCCCACAUGUCUGUCCCCACAGCUCCCAGGUUCCAGGAUGGGCAGUGCCGUGGGGCACGGGGCCCUGCUGGCCCUGCUGCUGUGGAUCCCAUUCCUCAUGGGAUCAGCGGGGGACGGAGCCAAGGAUGGGCAGGAGGGGUUCCGGGGACACGCCACCACCGUCUCCGAUGACCUGCUGCUGCGGCUGGGAAGAUCCACUUGGGACACCCUGGAAAACUGGGUGGGACAGCAGCCCCUGCGGAUGGUGGCGGAGAGCCUCUCCACCACGCUCUGGAUCGUUUCCUCUGGGAUCUCAGCAGCCCUGACCACGCUCUGUGGGAUCCUGGGCGAUCUCCUGGCCGCUUCCGGCAUCAGCGGCCACCGGCUGGUCCGAGCGGCAGCGCUGGCUCCCGGGGAGGUGCAGAGGGUGCUCCUGUGGGCCGUGGCCGCCCUGCUGGGAUCCUGGCUGCUAGCCCGGCUGCGGGGGCUGCUGCGGCCGCUGCUGCGCUGGGUGAAGCUUUUCUUUUUCCUCGGGGCCUUCCUGCACGUGGCCGCUUCCCAGGAGAGCCCCACGGUGCAGGCGGGAAUGCUGCUGGGCCUGUGGGUGCUCUACGCCUUCCUGAGCAGCCUGGUGGCGUCCCCGGAUCCCAGCGCCCGGCUGGACGCGGCCGUCAAGAGCCUGGAGUGGAAGGUGGAGGAGCUGCGGCGGCGCCAGAAGUUUGGGGGGCCCCGGAACCGGGAGGAUUGAGCCCCACUGAGGCUUUCCCAAAGCUUGGCUCCGUCAUCCCGAGCAUGUGUCCCCCUGCUCUGCUGAGCCCCCCGCACCUCCUGCCCUGCUUCCCGGUUCUCCCAGGGGUCCUGGGAGCCCCCCAUGCCUCUGGGAGCACCCCAAAAUCGGGGGCUGUGCCUUGCCACACAUGCUACAAGUGCCUUCACCCCAAAAGCCCCCACAAAUGUGGGAGAAGAGCUCCCGCAUUCCCUGCUGGCCUGGGAUGUUGUCCCAGCCCAGCCGGCUUGGGGUGCAGAGGGGAUCCCAUUCCCCAUCCCGGGGGCUCUGCUUGUUUUGGGGUCCCCUCACUGUCAGGGUUUGGGUUUUAAGCUGCUUUUUAAAACGGUUUUGAUAAUGUGGUUUGGAAUAAAGACGGAUUUAUCCGG